AUGCAAAGAAUUGCAAAGAGCUUUCAUGGUCUCAGCUUCUAUUACUGGUACCGCGGCCGCACAUAUGUGCUGGACUUGUCGCACAACAAGUUGCAGGUGUUGCUUCCAAAGGUCUUUGACAGUCUUGAUCUCGACCGAGUGUACCUACAACACAAUGACUUGUCUCAACUGCAUACGGAGACCUUUCGUGGCCUCACCUUGAGUAAGAACGGCAUCCUGGACAUGUCGCGUUACAAGUUGCAGGAUUUGCCUCCAAAGGUCUUUGACGGCAUGCGUGGUUUGAAGAUCCUGGACCUGGCGGAGAACGAGCUCCGGAGCCUUGGCGACAGACUGGAGCAGAAUCAGCUGGCUCAUCUUGAUGGAGUUGAACCUGGGUGGCAACCGCCUCACAACGUUACCCAACGACCUCUUCAACGGUUUCACAAAUCUUCGAAAGCCGCAGCUGCAGAGCAGUCAGCUGGAGAGACUUCCGCCAAAGCUGUUUCAGAAUUUGAGCUCGUUGAAGUUGCUGAACUUGAGUCGAAAUGCACUUGA